UGCACACAGCAGGUGCGAAAGCCCGGCCGGCAGCAGCCUCGGAGAUGAAGGUCUGCGCCUGGGGCCUGUGGACACAGAUGUGCAUGUGGGUUUGAACCCCGCUGCCCUGUGGCCACGGGCUCGCCGCCCCGAGAACAUGACAACAGCCCGGAACGGCCAUGGCCGACUCGCCGCGAUCCCCUGUUCCGUCUCUGAUUCCAAAGACCCCACGAUGGUGACCUACCCAGCGUGUCAGAAUGGAGGCUGCGGCAGCAACCCCUGCGGGGACGCGGAAGGCGCCGCGGAGGCCAGACUCAGCCCUGCCAGGCUCAUCCGCCUCUUCUCCGUGAGUAGGAAGAGGGCCGGCGCCAACCCGGAAAGGCCCCGCUCCAUGGUCCUGAUGGGAAAUUCCUCCACCUGGAACGCCCUUGCCUCCUUCCGGAAAAUGGGGUCUUUUAAAAAACUGAAGUCCUCCGUCCUUCAGGGAAUUCAGCACCGAGAGGGGUCAGAUGCGGCAAAGGAAGGCGACCCGGAACGCGACCCGGGGAAGCCCAUCCCGAACGGUGCUGCCGCCGGAACGCACACCGGCAGGGGCCCCUCCUCGGGGCCGGCGAGCGACCCCGCCGCCAAGGCGGCUCCCGGGGGCGCGUCGGACUGCUCCGACCCCGAGGAGGCCGACGACGCCUUCCAGAGGAGCACCCACCGGUCCCGCAGCAUCCGCCGCGCCUACGGCCUGGGCCGCAUCAGCUUCCUGGAGGGCGAGAAGCGCCAGGGGUCCCAGAACCACGUCGGGCCCCUGGCCCCCGUCUCCCGGGAGCCCGCGCCGUGUGCGAUUCUAGUGAAAGACUCUGAGAACAACAGCAUCGUCUACCGGAAGAGCAAGAGCACCGACAACUUGAACUUCCUGAAGAAGAGCUCCUUCAAACGGAAGUCCACCUCGAAUCUCAUGGACCUCAAGGGGGCGCCCGAAAAGCCCGCGCCCCGGAGGACGCUGAGCAGUUCGUCCGCCGACUCGGAGAAGUUCGGCGGGGCCGAGAGGAGGACGAAACGCUGGAAGAGCCCGCUGCGGGCCAGGGACUUCGACAGAGUCCUGAGGUUUGUGAGCGGCGCCGCGGACGCGGCCCGGCGGAGAGAGAGCCCCCGGAGCGGGGCGCCCCCGCCGGGCGAGGCAAGCCGGAGGCUGCAGGUGCACAGCAGGCUGCACGACGCCUACUCCCGCCGCGUGUCCACCAGCGCCGAGCGCGAGUGGAGGAGGUGCGCAGGCGCAGGCGCGCACGCCGCCCCGGGCUGUGGCCCGGCGGGGGCGGGGAGCCCCCCGGUGGACGCGGCCGCGGCCGCGUGUCCCCCCGAAGCCGCAGGCUCGCGGGCGGCGGCGAGCGCGGGUCCUGGCGCCGGCAGCGCCUCGGCGAGUCCGGCUGCCGAGGACCCGGGCGGACGCCAAGCUGGCAGCCGCUUUACCUUCGAGCCGGAGCAGCCGCUCACCCCCCAAAGGCCGACCACGCCCAAGCCCCCCAGCCCUCAGAGCCCGGGCGCAGGAAACGCCACGUGUCCCAGCAGUCUCAGCGCGCUGUCCCUGAGUUCAGUGGACAGUGAAGAGAGGGCAGAGGGGCCCGCGUCCUCCCAGGAUUCGGCGCAAGCCACGUGUGACAAGGGCAGUGACGACGGCAGCGUCGGCAGCCACCCUCAGCUGAGCCCCCACCUGGUGUCGGGUCCCGAAGAAAGGAGGGAGGAGGUUGUGGCUGAGGAAUCCUGGAGGCGGGGCUCAUCACGGGAUGAAGAAAGGACAGAGGCUCAGAGGAUCACCAGGAGGAAGUGGGGUUCUGGGAGAAGGUCAAGGCCCCGACCGCUCUCCGACUAUGGCCAGUUGGCCAACCGAAGUCUCUCUAUUCCUGAAGACUCCAUUGCUGUGGACCCCCAGAAAGAGGACACUGUGGACGGGGACCAGCAGCCAAACACGGCCUCCGUGGACCCUGCAGACCAGAACCCUGCCGUGGGCUGUCCCAAAGGCGGCCGGAGAAGACGCCCCAUGUCUGUCAUAGGCGGGGUCAGCUUCUAUGGGAACAGCCAGACAGAGGAAGUAGAGAGUCUUCUGACCCAACCGGCAGCCAGGCCUCCCGUGCCAGCUCACCAGGUGCUGCCCUACAAGGCGGUUUCGGCCCGGUUCCGGCCCUUCACCUUCUCCCAGAGCACCCCCAUCGGACUGGACCGCGUGGGGCGCCGGCGGCAGAUGCGAGCGUCCAACGUCUCUUCAGAUGGAGGUACCGAGUCCUCUGCCUUAGUGGAUGACAACGGCAGCGAGGAGGAUUACAGCUAUGAAGACAUCUGUCAGGCCAACCCCAGAUACCUCCAGCCGGGCGGGGAACAGCUGGCCAUCAACGAGCUGAUCAGCGAUGGCAGUGUGGUCUGCGCAGAGGCCCUAUGGGACCACGUGACCAUGGACGACCAGGAGCUGGGCUUCAAGGCAGGAGAUGUCAUCCAGGUUCUGGAAGCCUCUAACAAGGACUGGUGGUGGGGCCGGAGUGAAGACAAGGAAGCCUGGUUCCCCGCAAGCUUUGUCAGAUUGCGUGUCAAUCAGGAAGAGCUGUCGGAGAAUUCCAGCAGCACCCAGGGUGAGGAGCAGGAGGAGGAUGCCGGCAAGAACCGCCACAGACAUUUGGAGAGCAAGCACCAGAUGAGGACCAAUGUCAUCCAGGAGAUCAUGAACACCGAGCGGGUGUACAUCAAGCACCUCAAGGACAUCUGUGAGGGCUAUAUCCGACAGUGUCGCAAACACACGGGAAUGUUCACUGUUGCGCAACUAGCCACCAUUUUUGGAAACAUUGAAGAUAUUUACAAAUUCCAAAGAAAGUUCCUGAAAGACCUUGAGAAACAGUACAAUAAAGAGGAACCUCAUUUAAGUGAAAUAGGAUCCUGCUUUCUGCAACAUCAAGAGGGCUUUGCCAUCUACUCCGAGUACUGUAACAACCACCCGGGCGCCUGCGCGGAGCUGUCCCGCCUGAUGAAGCAGGGCCGCUACCGACACUUCUUCGAAGCCUGCCGCCUGCUGCAGCAGAUGAUCGACAUCGCCAUCGACGGGUUCCUGCUGACGCCGGUGCAGAAGAUCUGCAAGUACCCUCUGCAGCUGGCCGAGCUGCUCAAGUACACCACGCAGGAGCACAGUGAUUACAACAAUAUAAAGGCGGCCUACGAAGCCAUGAAGAACGUAGCCUGUUUGAUCAAUGAGCGCAAGCGCAGGCUGGAAAGCAUCGACAAGAUAGCACGGUGGCAGGUGUCCAUCGUGGGCUGGGAGGGGCUGGAUAUCCUCGAGCGGAGCUCGGAACUGAUCCACUCCGGGGAGCUGACCCAGGUCAGCAGGCACGGCAAGAGCCAGCAGCGGACGUUCUUCCUGUUUGACCACCAGCUGGUGUCGUGCAAGAAGGACCUGCUGCGCAGGGACGUGCUCUACUACCGAGGCCGCACGGACAUGGACGAGGUGCGGCUUGUGGACCUGGAGGACGGGCGGGACAAGGACUGGAACCUCAGCGUGAAGAACGCCUUCAAGCUCGUCAGCAAAACCACCGACGAGGUUCACCUGUUCUGUGCCAAGAAGCAGGAAGACAAGGCGAGGUGGCUGCAGGCCUGCGGCGACGAGAGGAGGCGCGUGCGAGAGGACCGCGAGAUGGGAAUGGAAAUUUCAGAAAAUCAAAAGAAACUCGCCAUGCUAAAUGCUCAAAAGGCAGGACACGGGAAGUCAAAGGGCUACAGCGCGUGCCCGGUGGCCCUGCCGCACCAGAGCUUGCACCCUCUUCACCAGCGCCACGUGACCGUGCCCACCAGCGUCCCCCAGCAGCAGGUGUUUGCCCUGGCAGAACCCAAGAGGAAGCCUUCGCUCUUCUGGCACACGUUCAACAAACUCACCCCUUUCAAGAAGUGAAAACGGAAGGCCGCCCUUCUGCUGAGGUGCCCGCAAAGAGGAGAACCAGUUUUGUUUCUCGCGUGCUGACCCCAGUGCUGAGAACUUGUUUCGGGGGAUCCGUGGGGAACAGAAGGGCGCAGACGCACCUCAGCGUUCAGAGGCCCGGCUCCCCCCUGGGAGGGAGGCGAAGGUCGUGAGGCGCGGCCCCGAUGUCCACGAGACCCCUCCGUGAUCCGUGCCGAGCCGGCCGGGCCGUGGGAACCAGCGACGACCUCAGGGAAGCCGAGCGGUGACCCCAGCGGGCGUCGCCAUGACGGGCACGCACAGUGCUGCCCUUCCUGAGGACAGACCGGAUCGCACGGUCACCGUUGCAAGUGGGUUCCAGGGGGACGGUAGUGAUGGGGUUGGCGCGAAGGUGUCUCGCCAGCACCGGUAAGCCUCUCUUCCACAGUGUUAGGGGACUUCCCGCCACAGCGCGCGUGGCCAUCGUGUCCCCUGGUGUCCUCUGCAUUGUUGCCAAAUAGCGGCGCAGGCUGCCUCUUGCCAGAUGCGUCCCCCACAGGCCGGAGGGGCGAGCACCGUGAAUCCCUCACGCGGAGGGCAGUCGGGGUCACUGAAGCCUCCUGAAGCUGCCGCUGCUUACGGGAGAGAGUGCCGCGUCCCGCCGCGGGCUGGUGUCAUCCCGACCCCCCCCACCCCCCACCCCCCCCCCCCCCCCCCCCCCCC